AUGUCGCCAACCCAACUGCCACGUAUCCAGCAUCAAUAUGCACGCCGUAAACCCACUGUCCGCCGCGCGCUGCAGCAACGACCGCGUAAGCUCGUCGUCGUGCGGCAUGUAGAGUUGGAAGAAUCGCACGCCGUCUCCUUCCCCUCGUGCGCCCGCGUCAUUGGCCUGCCCGACGGCUUCAAUAGGCUGGCUGCCCGCCGUGCUGAGACAAUAUGGCAGUCCCAGUUCGCCGGCGACUCGGGCGACGGGCAGUUCGCCGUCCGGGUGGUAGAUUUUAUUAAUCCCAAUGGGCGCGAAGCCGAUGGGCGCAGGUACCUUGUGCCCGAAUAUGUGCGUCGCCGUGUCGCGUUGGUUCGUGUCGACGAGCAUGCGGGGCACGAUGCGGUGACGGUAGAAGGCCUGGCGAUUCGCUGCAUGCGUAUGAGAGGAGCCCGCAUUUGA